AUGGCUGAGAUCCUCAAUAACAUUCAAAACAAAUUUGUUCCAACUGCAGAAGUUAACAAACAGAAGUAUGUGUUACAGAAGACCUUCCUAGAUGGUGACCAGCUGACAGAGGAAAGGGCCAGGAAUGCACAAUUAGCAAAUAGCCUUGCAGAAACAGAGUACGAACGUUUGGCUGGCUUUGAAACUGCUUUUGCUGAUUGGUAUCUUGGGAAAAAAUUACUUAUGGUAAGAAUGCUAUUCUAAUAGGCAAAUGGUUUACGAUGUUAUUUUACUCUUUGCGGUACCAGACUAUUUCACGUGUCAAGGGAAGAUCCUUUAAUAUGUGCUUACAGUGUAAAGCCAGCCCGAUAAUUUCGUCCUGCUAUGCUAUUAUUUAGUGUUCAUAGACUUUGAAACAGUCACUUUCUAAAGAAAUGAAUGAUGAUUUAAAAUUUGCAUAUAUAGCAGGACCAAAUUGUUGGGUUGGCUUCACCUUUGCUGCUUAUUAAUAUUAAUAUUAAAAUUCUCUUCUCUAAAUUCCCUAAAGAUAUUUUCUAUACUUAGGAUAAGUAAGAGUGCAAAUUUCUACCUGAACUAAAAUUUCAAUUAUUUUUUUUUCUUCAAGAUUAUGUUCAAUUUGUUUGUCAACGCAGAGUCCGCUAGUAGCAUAGGAACUAGUUAUGCAUCAAUGAACCGAUGUGGAAAGACGAAUGCAAAGAAAGGGCCGGACAAGGACUAUAAUUCAUUCAAAGAGUUCAUGGACAGAGAAACUGAGGCACACGUUAUUGCAAAGUGGAUGGGUUUUGCUGGAAUUGAGAAUUUUAAAGGUAUAAAGCCAACCAUUUAAGAAAUUUAUAUUUUUCAUUUAAUGUUUAAAAACAUUUUUCAUUGCUGGUAUUCUUUUUUUCUCUAUUUAUUUAUCUACAGUCAACUGCAUAUUUAUUAUGUAUCUUAACAUGUAUAAGACAGAAGAAACAUUUUGAAUUAUGUUUCUACAGACAUCCCUAAAAACAGGCCAAUCUCUGCAGAUGCAGAUACGUGGACUGUUGAAGAAAAGUCUUCAUGGUUGGCUUCAGAGGCCAAGGAAUUCAAGUGGUGUCUUGCUAAAGCAAGAAGAUUUCACCAAUUGGGUUAG